CCCCCCCCCCCCCCCCCCCCCCCCAAACACACGCACCAGCUGAGCACAGGAUCACAUGACGGCUCGUCGACACACUCGGUACCCGCAGAGUGAGCUCUGCUGCCGGGGUCCGCUCUCUACUUCUGCACGGUCUCAGGGAAACAGGAACCAGAAGGAGGAAUGUCUGCGGUGACGCUGAACGAGUGGAGAGCGAGGAUUCGCACAGAGCUGGACAGCGUGGUCGACUUCUGGCUGAAAUACUCUCACGACACUGUUCAUGGAGGCUUCUUCACGUGCCUGGGGAAGGACGGGACGGUUUACGACGAGCUGAAGUACGUCUGGCUGCAGGGGAGACAGGUGUGGAUGUAUUGUCGUCUGUACAGAACCAUGGAUCGAUUCCACAGGCCCGACAUCCUAGAAGCAGCAAAGGCCGGAGGAUCCUUCCUCAGAAAGUUUGCCCGUGUCUCCGGCAGCGGCAGCGACCCGUGGAAAUGUGCCUUCUGUUUAACCAGAGACGGUCGAGCAGUGAAAAUUCAGAGGACGAUUUUCAGCGAGUGUUUCUACAUCAUGGCCAUGGACGAGCUGAGCCGGGUCACCGAGGACAAGGACAUGCAGCUGGAGGCGGAGCAGAUGAUGGAGCAGCUGAUCUUCUGGGUUCGGGAGGACUCGUCGGGUCUGGGCCGGCCGCAGCUCCCCGGAGACGUUCCCACCAACAGCAUGGCGGUUCCCAUGAUGCUCCUGUGCCUGGUGCAGCAGCUGACUGAAGGGCGGGGGCCGGAGGCGGAGCUGAAGUACCGAGAGCUGAGCAGCUGGUGUGUGGAACAGAUCCUACAACAUGUCCAGAGAGACGGCACGGCUAUUUUAGAGAACGUGUCGGUGGAGGGAGGAGAGAUACCAGGCUGCCAGGGCCGCCUGCAGAACCCAGGCCACGCUCUGGAGGCCGGCUGGUUCCUGCUGCAGGUCAGCGCACAGCGAGGGGAUGGCGAGCUCCAGCAGACCGCCAUCAACAAGUUCGUGGAGCUUCCUUAUGAGUGCGGCUGGGAUAAAGAGCACGGAGGCCUCUUGUACUUCCUGGAUGUGGACGGUCACUGCCCCACGCAUUUGGAGUGGAGCAUGAAGCUGUGGUGGCCUCACUGUGAAGCUCUCAUCGCCUUCCUGAUGGCCUACAAACAAACCAAGAGGCCGGAGCUGCUCCAGAGAUUCUCUCAACUUUAUGAAUACACCUUCAGUCACUUUCCUGAUCCUGAGGGGGGCGAGUGGUUUGGAUAUUUGACACGAGAAGGGAAAGUAGCUCUGGAUUUCAAAGGAGGCCCCUUUAAAGGUCUCUUUCACGUCCCUCGCUGCCUCUACAUGUGUGAGCGUCUUCUGGAUGAGCUGCUGGCUAACGACGAGUGACGCUCUGACAUGGAGGUUAUAAAAAUAAUGAUCUCAUCUGAAUCUGUUCCAUGGGUAAAAAAAAGCAUAAUUGCACUAAUUCUCAAACAUUCAGUGACUGGGAGACGUUUGUUAAAGCGACAUUACACCAUCAAACUGUCCGUCAGUGGCUCUCUGCAUCAUGUGAUCUUUGUGAGUCUUAUUUUUUUUAUCUUUGCGCUCACCUGACGUCCUGCUCGUUGACUGAAAGUCCAGAUUAGAAGAGACAAGACAUAAGAGACGUAAGCCAUUUUCACAUCUGCACUCCUGGAAAUGUCUGGAGUAUUUCUCUCCUGAUGUUUGUUCACACAUGCACCUCACAGCAGGAGACUAACCCUGUCGGAUGGGAGUGGGUGAGGGAGGUGGGGGUGGGGGUGGGGGUUACCUAAGGCAGGACAUAAAGCUGGAGGAGAAACUCUGGGUGAAGUCAGAGAGAAACAUUCAGCUGUUUGUGUUCAUGCAGCUCCUCCUGAAAACUUCAAGAGUUUUUCAGGAGUUUUGUGCAGGUGUGAAGAAGGCUUUAGAAUAUCCUCAUAUAAGAGUCCUUAAUCAGAGGUGAUAAAUAUUCUAUCUCUUGUCAGUUUAGAUUUCCUGCUUUAUUUGGCCGGGUGUCUGUGAACGAUUAAAGGAGACCCUGACAGUCAAAAGGAGAAUCUACAAACUCCACACACACAAACUAUUUAUCACGCAGGGAGAACUGAGGGACUUUGUUGUUGUGAGGUGAUCGGUUCAAUACCAAAGCGCUCUCCUUUGCUCUCUCACUACAAAAAGGAAGCAAAUGUUUUAUUGUUUUAUAUCUCCAUGUGCCUUUAAGCAGCACCCUGAGCCUUUUAAAGAGCGUGGAUCUUCACAUCCGAUGCAUUCCAUUUUGUUAUUUGCUAUCAAAGGGAAAAAUUAAAGCUGCUUAGUGUUCAUGAUGCUUGGCAUGUGCAGACUUAAGUCCAGCGUACACUGUACGGUUGUAUAGAAUAGUGAUCGGCCAUCGUGCCUCAGUACACACUGCGCGACUAACAACGCACAAUCAAGCCAAAAUUCAGCCUGAAUGCAAAUCUGUUGUACGACCUUGGCAAUAGGGCUGGAAUCAUAAAGUGACCGCCCGGCUUUAUUGACAUGCUUGGAAUGUGCAGAUUAACAUUACAGUAGAUUUUAUUAAUGCUUUCUUAUAUUACAGCUGAUAGUACACGUCAUGUGAUGAUAACAAUUGUUUUAUUGAUUUAUUUUGUCAUUAAACAAUCAAGUAUUAAAUAUGUCAGAUAAUCAAAAUACUUUUUAACCCUCUUGUAAAGCUGCAGCUUCCAGAAGCAGAAUUUGACUAAUAAAACAUAUUAUCAAAC